UUGUUCUCCCAAUUGGCUGUCAAAAUUUGUUGUCAGCAGCAUUUGUAAUUUUUUCCUCCGAUCUUGACGGAUUCGCCCGAGUUUUGCAUAAUAUUUACCACAAGAACCGAUGAAUUCGUCAUCACCUUCGACGGCGGAAAUUCUACUAGAAAAGAUCUCCGCCAUGGAACUGGCCGAGAACGGGCUGGAUGACGAGAAAUAUGUUCUGUUCAAGCAAGACGACCUUUUCGUCGAGAGUUUUCCGCUAAUGAAAGAAAUCCGUCGACAGGGAAAAUUGUGUGAUGUGACUUUGAAGGUCGAAGACCAAUCAUUCUCGGCGCAUCGCAUCGUUUUGGCUGCCACCAUUCCGUACUUUUAUGCAAUGUUUACUCACAAUAUGGCCGAGAGUCGGAUCAAGGAGAUCACCAUGAAGGAAAUUGAACCGCAUGCGCUUGAGAGUCUGAUAAACUUUGCAUACAGCGGCACCGUGAAAAUCGACAAUCAAAACGUCCAAGGACUCAUGGUUGGAGCGUCGUUUCUUCAGUUGAACAAAGUUCGAGAUGCCUGUGCAGAGUUUCUGAUUUCCAGAUUUCAUCCCCACAACGUGCUUGGUAUUCGUCACUUUGCAGAUUCGCUUGGAUGCGCACAGCUUGUAACCGCCGCCGAUAAAUAUAUAAAUCUUUACUUUAGCAAAGUAUCUCAAUCUGAUGAGUUUCUUGCACUCGGUUUUGAAGAAUUAAUUGACAUAAUUCGACGCGACGAACUGAAUGUUCCCACCGAGGAGAACAUCUUCGAGGCCUGCAUGCGAUGGGUCAAAUAUGACAUUGAAAAGCGAUCCACGUGGCUUCCACAAGUGCUUGCCAAAGUCCGAUUGCCUCUUUUAUCACCACAAUUUCUUGCCGAUCGUGUGGCCACAGAGGAGUUGAUUCGAUCUUCCCAUCAAUGUCGCGACUUGUUGGAUGAAGCGAAGGACUUUCACUUAAUGCCAGAAAGGAGAUCACUUGUGCAGAGUUUUAGAACUCGUGCUAGAUGCUGCGACUACGUCAUAGGUCAGAUAUAUGCUGUUGGAGGGUUGACGAAGAACGGGGACUCAGUCAGUACAGUGGAGAUAUAUGACCCGAAAACAAAGGAGUGGAAAAUGGGCGAGGCGAUGUCUAUGUUGAGAUCGCGAGUUGGCGUGGCGGUAACGCAAGGCAAACUAUAUGCCUUUGGAGGUUUCAAUGGGAGCGAAAGGUUGUCAACGGUUGAAGUGUAUGAUCCGAAAUUGAAGAAGUGGUCACAGGGACGUCCAAUGCUAUGCAAGCGAAGUGCCGUCGGAGUGGCUGCUCUGGAUGAUUUUGUUUACGUUUGUGGAGGAUACGACGGUGUCACUUCACUGAGUACUGUAGAAUGUUAUUGUCCGAAAACGGAUACAUGGAAAACAGUUGCCCCAAUGAUGAAGUACCGAUCGGCUGGCGGCGUUGCCCCUCUUGGUGGUUAUGUUUAUGCUUUAGGGGGCCAUGAUGGGUUAUCGAUUUUUGAUUCUGUCGAACGAUACGAUCCAGUGGAGAAUAUUUGGGUGAAAGUCAAAUCAAUGUUGAAUCGAAGAUGCCGCUUGGGUGUAGCGACGCUUAAUGGAAAGUUAUAUGCAUGUGGUGGUUACGAUGGUAAUUCAUUCUUACGGUCGGUUGAAGCCUACGACCCAAACACAGAUACCUGGAAAUUGGUUGCCCCAAUGAAUGUGAAACGAAGUCGGGUGGCACUUGCUGCUAAUAUGGGAAAAUUAUGGGCCAUUGGAGGUUAUGAUGGUGAGUCAAAUUUAUCAACUGUUGAGGUUUACGACCCAGAGACGAACACAUGGACUUUUGUUGCAUCGAUGUGUGCCCAUGGCGGAGGCGUUGGAGCCGGCGUAAUUCCUAUCCAGUAAAU